AUGCAGGAAAAUCGAUUCCACAUUUGCCUAUCUGAACUGCUUAGCCCCCAAGACUUUGCCACCAAAGAGAUGAUCCUCUCAACAGGCGGGUUGGACACGCCAAAGAUUGUCACGCAUCCAGGUAUUGGCUCAAGGGAGCAGUUGGAAAAUCCAACAUCCCAAUCGUGCGCGAUGCCCCCACAAUUGGUAUAA